UGUAGUAGUAGUGGUUCAGUCAGAGCCCAGUAACCAAGACCUCUGAAAUUACUGCUGUCUGAAAAUGUCUUUUAUUAAACCACUGAGAUCGCUUAUUGAUCAUUCGGUCGAUGAAAUAUUUGAGGAGUUCGAGAGAAGGAUUGCAGAGUACGAGGAGGAACUUUCACGCCUAAAGAACGAAAACUAUCUGCAAAGGAAGCAACUGGACGCUAUUUAUAAAUCGGAAAUACGGAUUAACGGAUUAGAUCUCCAGCAGCACUUAGCUUCUGAAAAAGAAGUUCCCUUGGUGAAGCAGGAAUGGAGCCCCAGUGGGGGCCAGGAGGCGCCAGAGGCUCCAUGCAUCAAAGAUGAAGAGGAGGAACUUUGGACGAGUCAGGAGAAAGAGCAGCUUCAGCGACCAGCUGAGGCUUGUAUAACCAAGUUCCCAUUCACCCCUGUCCCUUUGAAGAGUGAAAAUGAUGAAGAGAAACCUCUGUCCAUACAGCUUCAUCAAACCGAAACAGGGGAGUACAGAGUGGUGGAGCCUCCAGCCAGCACCUUAACCAAAGAGAUGAAAACAGAACCUGAUGGAGAGAAAUGUGGUCUACCAAAACUAGUCAGUAACCAAGAUCAAGAUGAUGAUUUAGAAAUAAGUGAUGGUCAGACCCUUUCUUUAGACUCUCGGAAAAGUGAGGCUGGAGACAGUGAUGAUGGUUGUAGCAAGACUAGAGAACCACAGUCAAGUUUGGACACAACAGCCAACACUGACAAAGGUCUUCAGAGAUGUCUUCAGAAGAAAACCUUCAGUUGUGCUUUAUACGCUAAGGGGUUUUCUAAUAGAGGAUAUAUGUGGAUGCACAGGAAUGAACAUAGAGGAGAGAAACCCUUUAGCUGCUCAGUCUGUGGUAAAGCGUUUUCUCGAACAAGUAAUUUGCAUGCACAUAUGAGAAGACAUAGAGGGGAGAAACCUUUUAGAUGCUCAGACUGCGGCAGAGGGUUUUCUGAUAAAAGAGAUAUACAUAGACACAUGAGAACACAUACAGGAGAGAAACCCUUUAGUUGCUUGGUCUGUGGUAAAGCGUUUUCUCGAAAAACUCAUUUUCAAACACAUAUGAGAAUACAUACAGGGGAGAAACCUUUUAGCUGCUCAGACUGCGGCAAAGAGUUUUCUGAUAAAGCAAGUAUUCGGAGACACAUGAGAGUACAUACAGGAGAGAGAUCUUAUCUUUGCUCAGUCUGUGGGAAGAGCUUUGCUGCAAGAGAUAAUAUGGUGAAACACAUGAGAACACAUACAGGGGAGAAACCUUUUAUUUGCCAUGUUUGUUGUAAAGCUUUCGCUAGAAAAUCAUGUCUGACGAGACACAUGAGAAUACAUGCAAGGAAGAAACCUUGAUUAGUCUUAAGUAAAGGUUUUAGUUAAAAGGAAACACAUGACAUAUCACAGAGAACAAAAUGAGGUUGUUUGGCUCUGUGGAAACCAAAAACUUGUUUGUUCACUGUGCCAUGAUCAGAUCAUCAUAUGAGUCUGUGUACAUUGGACUUACUGAAUGGUCAAAAUGGAGCCUAAAGUGGAUGCAGAAUAUCAAAUUGUUGGAACGUAGAACAUUUUACAGUUAAUUAGGAUGAGCCUGUAAUGAAUUCAUUCAGUUUAACACAAAUUCUGUUCUUAACAACAAACAUUUAUUAGAUGCCAAUUGGUGUAUAAUAAUCAAGUAUCUACUCAAUUUUUGAUUAUUUCUUCAAGUGAAUUAAAGUUACUCUACUCUCAUUAAAUCAUCCUAACUUGUUCAUGUCAAAUCCAGGGCAAAUAAAUCGUACAGCUUCAAUGAGAUUUUGCUAUUCCCAGGAAACCUGAUUUAUUUGCAUGUCAGCAAUGUGAUUUAAUUUUUUGUUUUGUAAAUUGCAUUAUUGUCAAUAAAAUCUAA